UCUUAGGGUAGGCACCCACCUGUACUCCUACCUACUUCUCACCUACCUACACCAUGCAGCACAACACGCCACAUGCAUACACAGGCGCAAACCCGCCAACUGACCCCAAACCGCACCAAACCAAACCACAACAACAAUGCCGCCCCGCCCCAGCGCUCCCGCAAACGUAGUGACCAUCACCGCGCUCGCCAACCUCCCCAAGCCCGCGUCCGCGGCCGCUUCUCCCCCCGCGCACUGGGCCCACCUCGACCACACCGGCACGCGCCCCCUCUCGUUCCAGAACCCAUGGCCCUCGUUCCGCAAGACGCACGGCCUGGCCACAGCGCUGCACGCGCGCUUCUGGUCGCCGACGCGGAACUUCGUGCCCGUGCCCACGAGCCGGGAGGAGCUGGUGCCAGUGCAGACGCCGGACUGGGGCCGCGGCGACAGCAGUGCUCUGGACAAGCUGAAGGCGGCGUGGAUCGGGCAUGCGAGUUUCUUGGUCGAGACGAGCGCUGCGAGUAAGAGGGACAAGAGAGGCGUGACGCUGUUGCUGGACCCGGUCUUCUCGGAGCGCAUGUCCCCCGUCGGCUUUCUGGGGCCGAAGAGGUUCACGCCGCCGCCGUGUGCGCUGCAGGACCUGCCUGAGGUCGAUCUCGUCGUCAUCAGCCAUAACCACUACGACCACUUGGACGCGGCGACGGUGCGGUUCCUGCACCAGCGCGGGCAGGGCCGGGUAAGGUUCCUGUGCACGCUGGGCGUGAAGCCGUGUCUGACAGGGAUGGGGGUAGGGGAGGCAGAGGUGGUGGAGCUGGACUGGUGGGAGGGCGUCCGAGUGGACGUGCACGGCGUGGGCGCCGUCAAGCUCGUGUGCACGCCCGCGCAGCAUUUCAGUGGCCGCAGCCUCUGGGACGCGGGGAAGUCGCUGUGGUGCUCGUGGGUGCUGGAGGAAGUUGCGGAAGCGCCGGAAGAGCGGGCUUGUGGAACGAACGACACGCGCACGCACGCAGAAACAGCAGCAGUGGCGCCGCCAUCGUCGCGCGCGCUGAAGAAGCUCUUCUUCGCCGGCGACACCGGCUACCGCACCAUGCCCAGCGACACGCCCCUCACUCCCAACUCCCCCAACCCACCCCCGCACUGCCCCGCCUUCGCCGAGAUCGGCCAUGCCCACGGCCCCUUCGACCUGGCGCUCCUGCCCAUAGGCUGCUACUCGCCGCGGAGUUUCAUGUCGCCCGUGCACUGCUCGCCGGAGGACGCGCUGUGCGUGCACAGGGAUGUGCGCAGCAGGAAGAGCGUGGGCAUGCAUUUCGGCACGGUGAGGGGCGGCAUUAGCGAGUUUUAUGAGGAUGUGAGGGAGCCGGGUCGGUUGUGGCGGGAGGGGGCUGAACGGGAGGGCUUGAGGUGGGGUGAGGAGGUGGGGGUGCUGGGGGUUGGGGAGGUGGUGGGGGUUUAG